UUUUCUGCCGAAGGACGUUCAGUGAACCCCAUUACACAUGUUGGCUCCGCCCCUGCGUUUAAUGCACCUAACUGACUGCUUUCUCUUUCUGCACACAUAUAUAUAUACACCACAAGUUGAAGUUGUUCUCUUAUCAAGUUCUAAAUUUCUUGAAUUGUCCUCCUACUCACUUCCUUCACCACAAAAACAAAAAACAAAAAGAUGUCAAUGGACAUGAAAUACAAAGAGAUACUUUCAUCCCUCCCAAAAAGAGAAACCUCCACACAAUUUAGCUAUGUUGAUCACUACCAAUACAAAGGCUUUUGGUUCCCUUUAGCUUUUUUGGAAUCAACUUUGUCUAUGCAAGAAAACUUCAAGGCUCAACCAUCCAAUAUAUUCCUUUGUGGUCUUCCGAAAACAGGCACCACUUGGCUUAAAGCUUUGAUCUUUUCCAUUAUGAGUAGACAUCAUUAUGAUGAAUCCACAAACCCUUUACUCACAAAAGUUCCCCAUGAAUGCAUACCAACUUUUGAAGUUGAUUGUGACAUCAAUUUUACUUCUCUUGAUGAUGCCAAGUUCCAAUUAUUGGGCACACAUCUUCCUUACUCUUGCUUGCCACAAUCUAUACUAGAGGCAAAAUGCAAAAUCAUUUACCUAUGUAGGGAACCAAAAGACACAUUUGUUUCAACAUGGCAUUAUAGGCAAAGGCUUCAACAAACCAACCCUGAACUUGACAACAACCUUCUUACGCUCGAGCAAGAAUUCAAGUGGUUCAUUGAAGGGAAAUCGGCUUAUGGACCUUACUGGGACCAUGUUUCUGAGUACAAGAAAGCAAGUAAAGAUAGGCCAUUAGAUGUUCUCUUUAUACGAUACGAAGACUUGAAGGGAGAUACAUUGUGUUAUGUGAAGAAAUUGGCAGAGUUCAUGGGGACACCAUUUUCUAAAGAGGAAGAGGAUCAAUUUGUGGCUGAAAAAAUAGUGGCAAGUUGUGAUUUUGGAAAUUUGAGCAAUUUAGAGGUGAAUAAGAGUGGGUUCGUUAACCCAAAACCUUGGUUAAAAAUUAAUAACAAUGCAUUUUUUCGUAAAGGGGAGAUUGGAGAUUGGAAGAAUCUUUUGACCGAGGAUAUGGCAAAACAAAUUGAUAACAUAGUUAAGGAGAAAUUAAUUCAAUGACUUUUGCAGUGUUACUAAGAAGUUAUUUUCGCGUGGCCAAUUGGUUAUGGGUUCUAACGUGGAAGCAAGUGAUAGAGUGUGACCCUUCUUUGGAAUUUGCAUGAACGCGAAAUACUAUGUGCAUCGAACUGCCAGUCUUUUAAUGCUGUGAAGAUAGCUUUUAUUUUAUUUUUAUUUUUCUUUUGUUGUAUGUUUUCUUUCCUCACUUUGAUCUGUUGUACUGCCAAGUCAUUGAUGUGUGUAUUUUAUUUCUUUAGGUUUCUCUUCAUAACAUCUACCUUUAUAUCUGAUUUACAUAUUAUACAUUAGCUCACCCCUUGCUUUUU